AGGCAGAGGGAGACGGUGGAAGGUAAGCAGGGAGGCAGCAGCAUCAUGGCGGACAGAGACAGUGGCAGUGACCACGGAGGGCCCGCCGCAGGCCCCGGCUCACUGCCCCCGGGCGCGAUGGGCGCCGCCGCGUCGCGGCUGCAGCACGACACGGAGGAGCUGGCGUCCAAGCGCGUCGACAUCCAGAACAAGCGCUUCUACCUCGACGUGAAGCAGAAUGCUAAAGGCCGCUUCCUGAAGAUAGCCGAGGUCGGCGCCGGGGGGAAUAAGAGCCGUCUCACCCUCUCCAUGUCGGUGGCCGUGGAGUUCCGCGAUUACCUCGGGGACUUUAUUGAACAUUACGCCCAGCUGGGCCCGAGCAACCCGGACGCGGUGCAGGAUGAGCCGCGGCGGGCGCUCAAGAGCGAAUUCCUGGUGCGCGAGAAUCGGAAAUAUUACAUGGAUCUGAAAGAGAAUCAGAGGGGGCGGUUCCUCCGGAUCCGACAGACCGUUAAUCGGGGGCCCGGACUGGGGAGCACGCAAGGCCAGACCAUCGCGCUGCCGGCACAGGGUCUCAUCGAGUUCCGCGACGCCUUGGCCAAACUCAUCGACGACUACGGGGUGGACGAGGAGCCGGCGGAGCUCCCCGAGGGCACCUCGCUGACGGUCGACAACAAGCGCUUCUUCUUCGACGUGGGCUCCAACAAGUACGGGGUCUUCAUGCGGGUCAGCGAGGUGAAGCCCACGUACCGGAACUCCAUCACGGUCCCCUGCAAAGUGUGGUCCAAGUUCGGCAACACCUUCUGUAAGUACGCGGAGGAGAUGAGGAAGAUCCAGGAGAGGAGUCGAGAGAAGCGGGCCUCCGAACUGUUACCUGAGGGCCCGCAGGGGGGCGACGACGGGGACGACGAUUGACGCGGACCUGGACACGGAGAUGAAGAACAAAGACGAGACUGAACUUUACGAAAAC